AUUGCAUAAAAAUCUCUCGGCCGCAGUAUUACGAAAACAGGCCUCAAAAUGUCAAGUUUAGCAAAGUUGUCUGGAGCUUUGCGCCACUCCAUUGCUCGUCCCCAGUCUACAGCUGCAGUUAUCUGUUGUAUUCGAUCCAACACAACCGCUGCGGAAAAGAAACCAGAAAAGACCAAGUUUGGUCCAUUAAAAGAUGAAGAUCGUAUCUUCACCAACUUAUACGGUCGUCAUGACUGGAAGCUCAAGGGGGCCAUGUCAAGGGGUGACUGGUACAAGACAAAGGAAAUCAUUCUGAAGGGUAAUGAGUGGAUCCUUAAGGAGAUUGUGACGUCUGGUUUGAGGGGGCGGGGCGGCGCAGGCUUCCCCACGGGCAUGAAGUGGGGCUUCAUGAACAAACCAGAUGACGGAAGGCCCAAGUACCUGGUUGUGAACGCUGAUGAGGGGGAGCCAGGCACUUGUAAGGACAGGGAGAUCAUGAGACACGACCCACACAAGCUGAUCGAGGGCUGCCUUGUGGCGGGCAGAGCCAUGGGAGCAAGGGCAGCAUACAUCUACAUCAGAGGGGAGUUUUACAAUGAAGCUUCAAACCUUCAGGUGGCCAUCAAUGAGGCGUACGAGGCGGGUUUCCUGGGGAAGGACUCGUGUGGAUCAGGCUACCCCUUUGAUGUGUUUGUGCACAGAGGAGCUGGAGCGUACAUCUGUGGAGAGGAAACGGCCCUGAUAGAAUCUCUAGAGGGUAAACAAGGCAAACCACGCCUGAAGCCUCCAUUCCCUGCAGAUGUGGGCGUGUUUGGCUGCCCGACAACAGUUGCUAACGUAGAGACAGUCGCCGUUGCUCCGGCUAUCUGUAGACGAGGAGGGGAAUGGUUUGCUUCGUUUGGACGUGAGAGAAACAGAGGCACAAAGUUAUUCAACAUUUCAGGUCAUGUGAACAACCCUAUGACAGUAGAGGAGGAAAUGUCGAUUCCUCUGAAGGAAUUGAUUGAGAGACAUGCUGGGGGUGUCAUCGGGGGUUGGGAUAACCUGUUAGCUGUAAUCCCUGGUGGAUCCUCCACACCUCUUAUCCCCAAGGUAAAUAGUGUCAAGUAAAGAGAGUUGAUUGAGAGACAUGCUGGGGGUGUCAUCGGGGGCUGGGAUAACCUGUUAGCUGUAAUCCCUGGUGGAUCCUCCACACCUCUUAUCCCCAAAAGUGUGUGUGAUGACGUGCCCAUGGACUUUGAUGGGCUUAUCCAGGCUCAGACUGGGCUGGGGACAGCCGCUGUGAUUGUUAUGAACAAGUCAGCCGAUGUGGUCAAGUGUAUAGCCAGACUGAUGGACUUCUAUAAACACGAGAGCUGUGGACAGUGUACACCGUGCAGAGAAGGUACUGGCUGGAUGAUGAACAUGACAAAUCGCUUUGUGACCGGACAAGCCCAGAGAGAUGAGAUCGACAUGCUGUGGGAGCUUAGUAAGCAGAUUGAAGGACACACUAUUUGUGCUCUGGGAGAUGGAGCUGCCUGGCCUGCACAGGGUUUAAUUCGACAUUUCCGGCCCGAAUUGGAGCGUAGAAUACAAGAAUUUAAGGAAAAAGAACAGAAGAAGGCAACAGCAUGAAAAAUAGUAAUACCUAGAAAUGAAUUUUUGUAAUAUUUGAAGCUUGACAUGAAAAUGCGUGGGAGUCAUUUCUGUUCAAACUUUCCUGAAGCUGGGAAAAGUAUCAAGCAUUUGAUGUGUGAAAAUACAACUGGAGCACGCUGGACUGAAUGAAGUGUUCUUAAGCCUAUUACAUGCAAGUCUCCUUUACCAAUGUACAAGGAAUUCUCAAUAAUGAUGUCGGCAUUUAAUACUCUUAAGUAUGAAGGUAUCGUUUUUUUUCGUGUAUUGGCAAGAUGUAAACAUAGCAAGACAAGUGCUGAAAAAAAAUUCCACUUAUUUGCAAAGCUAGAAAUACUGUUUAAGUAUGAAUGUUCAGGAUACUGUAGGUGUAGGAAGGUGUAUGUGUUGCUUGCUAUUGUCAGCUUACGUGCAUAUUAAGAUCGUUUUGGACUUAACGUCCUGCCUGUCUCAACCUGAAGUAUUUAGGAAAGCGUCUUUUCGAAUUUUGGCAUUGGAGAUAAACUGACAGUAGUUGAUUGGCGAUUGACAACCUCAUGAAAAAUAUGAAGAUAUGUAAAUAGUCCUUCAGUUUUUCAUUUUCAAACUGUAUAUAAUGUGUGAUGUAGAUGGAUACGAAUGUUCACGAACACUCUGCUAGGUAGUCUCAGAAAUUCCUGUGGGGUGAAAUUACUCUGGGGUGGCAUGAAACGUAAGCAUACAGGUCUCCAUGUGUGAUGAAAGUUUGUGAAAACAGCUGACGAAGAGCUCUGAAGUUUUCACAGCCGGUUUAGUGGGUUCUAGUACAAAUGAACUAACAUGUAACAUAUUUUCCUGGUUGUAUUGUUGUAGCUCGUUCGUUGACAAUAAAUGUGUGAA